CCUCUUCCAGAAAAAUUUGUAGUCAAAGGCGUUGUUGACCGUUUUUCAGAAGAAUUUGUUGAGACGAGGAGAAAGGCCUUGGAUAAAUUCUUAAAAAGGAUUGCGGACCAUCCAGUACUUUCUUUCAAUGAACAUUUUCAUGUAUUUCUUACAGCCAAAGAUCUUAAUGCUUACAAAAAACAAGGAAUGGCUUUGCUUACUAAGAUGGGAGAAUCGGUAAAAUAUGUCACAGGAAGCUACAAAUUAAGAAGUCGACCGUUGGAGUUUGCUGCCAUGGGUGACUAUCUAGACACGUUUUCUCUGAAGCUAGGAACUAUUGAUAGAAUAGCACAGCGGAUAAUCAAAGAGGAAGUGGAAUAUUUAGUGGAACUACGAGAAUAUGGUCCUGUUUAUUCAACCUGGAGUGCACUAGAAACAGAGGUGUCUGAACCUCUUGAAGGAGUAUCAGCCUGCAUUGGAAACUGUUGCACAGCCCUUGAGGAAUUGAGCGAAGAUAUGACUGAAGACUUUCUGCCUGUUUUACGAGAAUAUAUCCUAUAUUCAGAUUCCAUGAAGAAUGUGUUGAAGAAAAGAGAUCAAGUUCAAGCAGAAUAUGAAGCCAAACUAGAAGCUGUGGUCCUCAAGAGAGAAGACCGUCCCAAGGUGCCCACAGAUGUUGAAAAGUGUCAAGACCGGGUAGAGUGCUUUAAUGCCGACCUGAAGGCUGACAUGGACAGAUGGCAGAACAACAAGCGGCAAGAUUUUAGGCAGCUGCUGAUGGGAAUGGCAGAUAAAAACAUACAAUAUUACGAGAAGUGCCUUACGGCGUGGGAGUCUAUUAUACCACUGUUGCAAGAUAAGACUGAGACCAAAUAAGUUGCAGCUUUUUUCUGAAUCUCUUCCCUGAACCACGGACAUUGACCAAAUGCUCAGAAUCACUACCACUAAUUAUAGUGAAGAUUUACUAUACAUCUUGAUGAUUUUUUUUCUCCUGGAGAAACACCAAGUGUGCUAAUUCUGAACUGUACAUUUUUUGCCACUUUUUAACGAAACCAUCUUGAACAUUCUUACUAUGUGAACUUUGGAUGAUGGAAGUUAAAACAAGAGCACUUUUUCUCUUGGACCACUUUAUAUUAAAUGAAAUUGAUGAAUGGAACACUAAAAUCACAA